UUUUGUUUUGUGCUAUCCUUUUUAAGAAUGCAUUCGACCCUUUGAGUGGCUUUAUCACACUAAAGCAUAUCUAGGUGAUUGUAGCGUGAAGCAACUACAAGAAUUGUUUCUCCCCCAAGAUGGGAUAUUGAUUACCGCUUUGCAACUUUACCAGUACCCCUUUUCCCCCAGAGAGGAGAGUUGCACCGUGAGAGUUUAGUGUUUCUCAAACCAAAUUGCCCAAAUGUGUGACUUAAUACAAAGGGCACGCGUUGUUAAACUCCCAAACUCGCAAAUAUCUGAGCGAGCAAAAGGGCGCUUACCACUCAGCAAAGCGAUCCAAACGUUCAUUUUCCUCUAUUUGAAAAUUAAUUCAUUGAAAUACGAACUACAGAGAAUGUUUUGCAAUUUUUCCCGGCCGUAAGAAAUCUUACUUUUUCGAGAUAAGAUUACAGCAAUCGUUGAAUGCGUUGGGAAAGGUAACCGCGCGCUAUGCACGCGCUCCCUGUAAUAAAAACGUCACAAGACGAACAAUGAUGAAUGGAUGGGUGAAGGUUAAGUCACAGAUGAGAAAUGAAGAUACGAUCCCAGAUUUUAAAGUACAUGCAUUUGGAUAGAACUUACUGUCUGUUAACAGGCAGGAAUGUUCGCAUAGUUUUAGAAUUGUUUCGCCUGAUUGAUGUUCAUGAUGAAAUGGUUCUCAAUGAUGUGCAGUUCUGUGCUUUCAUGAAGACAGCCACUGACCUGAGCACAAAUCAAAUCUACAAAGUUUUUGACAUGUUAGAUGUAGAUGGGUCUGGUGCAAUGGACUUUGAUGAAUUUUACCUACUCAUCUGUAUUCUCAUCGCGGUUCAAGAUAAAGCGGAGAAAAACUUCAUUUACCGCCAUUCAAGGGCCGUGUUUGACCUCUUAGAUGAAGAUAACAGCGGAAAUAUCUCUGCCUAUGAGUUUGAAACGUUUGGAUUUCUGUUCAACCUACAAGGCGAAGCUAUUCAAACCAUAUUUAGGGAAUUUGACGUUUCUGGAGACCAGGAGCUCGACUACUCAGAAUUUAAAAUGUUUGCCAUGGCCUGCAUUGACCGACAGUCAGAGAUAGAAUCCAGCAAAGACAAAAAAUCAAAUAUUCUGAUUGAGUCAGCGGGGAGAAUUUGUAGUUCAUGUGCUGUGAUGUAA